AACCGAGCGCCCCAGUACGGGAUUCCCUUCUACCUGCAGUACCUGGCCCACUGGCCCGAGUACUUCAUCGUGGCCGAGGCGCCGGGCGGGGAGCUGAUGGGUUACAUCAUGGGGAAAGCUGAAGGCUCUGUGGCCAGGGAAGAGUGGCAUGGACAUGUCACCGCUCUCUCUGUCGCACCGGAAUUUCGACGGCUGGGCUUGGCCGCUAAACUGAUGGAGCUACUGGAAGAAAUCUCAGAAAAAAAGGGUGGAUUUUUUGUCGAUCUCUUUGUGAGAGUAUCAAACCAGGUUGCUGUAAAUAUGUAUAAGCAACUAGGCUACAGUGUGUACCGGACAGUGCUAGAGUACUACUCUGCUAGCAGUGGGGAACCAGAUGAAGAUGCUUAUGAUAUGAGAAAAGCUCUUUCUAGAGAUACAGAGAAGAAAUCAGUUAUACCUCUGCCUCAUCCUGUAAGGCCAGAAGACAUUGAGUAACUCUAAACUGUGAUUCUCAGGCAAUUUACUAAGUAUCAGGUUCCAUCUUCCCUCAGCCCCCAAGAACUUUACAGAUAAGAAGUCUUGGGCUAAAUGUUUUUCCCAUGAAAUACCAAAAAACAAUGUUUAGAAGCUUACUAAUACUGCUUCUGUUGGUAAUGGCUGUGUACUCCUGCACUUCCUCUAUUAUUUUUCCUGUUAAGUACUGGAAAUUCAAAGACUAUUAAAAUGGAAUUACCUCC